CAACAAAAUAAUAUGGAGGAUGAAGAUCAACACCACAAUUUCCAAAGUGAAGAAAAUUCUUUCAGUUGCUCACAGACUGAUGAGGAUUCACCUCAAGAAAGAGCAGAAGACAAAAUCUCUUUUACAUGCCAUCCUAAUGUGACGUCAUUAGAGUUGCGGUGCUGCAGCGGCUCGUCUGUCGGUUGAGGCAAGAUUGAGGCGUUUGUAUGAGUAGUUUCAAAAGGGUCAACAUUGAUACAAGGCAAGAAACAAGGAGAUUUACUUCACUUUUCAAGCCAUUCAGGCCUGGUGGAAUUGAAAGAGGACAAUCAACAACAAAAUGAAAUGAACAUCAGCUGCACAUUCAGUUGCUCACAGACUUACGAGGAUUCACUUCAAGAAAGAGCAAAAGACAAACUCUCUUUUGCAUGACUUUUUUACAUAAAGAACAUUCAAAUGUUGACAUAAAGACUCACACAGGUGAAAUGCAAUACACCUGUCCUCAGUGUGAAAAGACUUGCACAAGAAAAAGCCACCUUAAGGAUCAUUUAUUAAAUCACACUGGUGAGAGGAUCUUUGUAUGCCCUCAGUGUGAUAAAUGUUUUAAACGACAAAGAAAUCUUAAUGCUCACAUAAAGACUCACACUGAAGAAAGGCCAUACAGCUGCCCUAAAUGUGCAAAGACUUACAGGCAAAAAACGCACCUUAAGAAACAUUUAACAAGUCAUAAUGGUGAGGGGACCUUCACCUGCCCUCAGUGUGAUAAAUGUUUUAAACAACAAAUAAAUCUUGAUGCUCAUAUAAAGACUCAUACUGAAGAAAGGUCCUACAGCUGCCCUAAAUGUGCAAAGACUUACAGGCAAAAAACGCACCUUAAGAAACAUUUUGAAUGUCACUAUGGUGAGGGAACCUUCACCUGCCCUCACUGUGAUAAGGGUUUCUUACGAAAAAUUAGUCUUGAUUUUCACUUAAAGACUCAUACUGGAGAAAAGACAUACAAAUGUAAAGAGUCCUUGAACCAACAUAAAAUAAGUCACAGUGACCACAAGCCUUUCUCUUGUCCUCAAUGUGGAAAAAGUUUUACUCAAAGACGAAACCUUACUAUUCACAUGAGGAUUCACAGUGAUGAUGGGCCUCAUACCUGUCCUCAUUGUAGGAAGAGUUUUUCAAAAAAUGCACAUUUAGUGAAUCACAUAAGAGUUCACACUGGAGAGAAACCUUUCAGGUGCCCGCAGUGUGAGAAGAGUUUUAAGCAGCGUGGACAUCUUCAGUAUCACAUACGAAUUCAUACAGGUGAGAAGCCUUACUCGUGCCAUCUAUGUGAUAAGAGUUUCAAAUGGGCAAGAAGUCUCAAAGUUCAUCUGCUGUUUCACCAUAAUGGAGAAAACCUCUAAAAGUGUUCACAUUGUGUAAAGAGUUUUAUUGAGUCUGUGACGCUGAUCAAACACAAGUGACUGUAUACUGGAGAGAAGCUGCACCGCUGUCAUUCAUGUUGAAGAAGUUUCAGACGAUCUGAAAAGAGCUGUCUGUAGUACUCAAAAAUAUAUUAAAUGCAUUAUAUAAAGUGGUGAAAUUUGUUCCUGUAGCUCAACUUGUUUCCUGACAACAACCAGUGGGAGACGGCGAUCAUGGAUCACGGCUAUGUGAAGGGAGGUUUGGUUGCAGGUCUGCAGUUAACACUGCAUGCAUUAUAUUGUACACAUUUUACACAGUAGCCUAACAUUAGCCAGUGUAGUUUUUGAUACGCUUUAGCUAUGAUUUGAACCAAGGUGUUUACUUGUUGUUUUGCUUGUUAUCACAAAAUAAACAACUCUUAAAGGA